AUGAGGCUCCCCGCCCUGCUGCAUCUCGCGCCUCUGGCCAGUGCACGCCCCGCCAACCACGCCCACCAGAUACCCAUUGUCCCGCAGCCCGCCGACGACAUUCCCGCCCCGGCCACCACCACCGACACGCUCGCUGCCCCCAGCAUUGGCCUCCACUUCACCACGUCGUAUGCCGCCGCCGCCGCCCACUACGCCAAUGGCACCACCAGGGACCUUUUGACCAUGGACGGGGACGACGACUACAAGGAGCUCAUCCUGCGCUGGACCGCCUCGCACUCGAAAAAUGCCGGGCCCUUUGAAUCCAGCGACGACGUGGUGCUCUCCGGCUUCAUGGUCCGCCUGCAAAAGGCCAUUGUCGCUGAGCUCGACUCCCCUCUGGGCCAAGCCGCCGCCUGUUGA